UCUGUUUUGUUUUCAGUCCUUGAUUUACGCUUGGUGAGUUGGGUUGCGGAUUGAGUUGCCUUUUUGAAUUCGCAAUUCCGUGAUUGACAGUCUGCUCUCAAGAUGAUCAGCAGUUAGGAGUAAAAGCAGAAAUUGAUUUGCGGACAGUCUUAACAAAAUGAUUGAAUACACAGAGCGCUUUUUUCGCGGUUUGGACCUAUGGUCAUUGAGUGUGGACCAAGCAUUUAUUGUGGCUAAUUUGAGUGGUUUACAGAGCUGUUAUGUAUACGCAUUACCAGAGGAAUGUGAAAAGUGUCCACAUACCAGGGUUCACGAAAUACGAAGCCAGGAUGAUACGAGCAACGUUUUUAAAUUGGAUGUUUCAAGGAGAGUCAACUUGAAAAUCUUCGAGCGAAACGUUGGAAAAUAUGCAUUUGAUAACGAAUCUUACGCUUGUCAAUUCAAUGAAACAUUGGGAGAGUUCGGAGUGUACGAUUUGAAUGUUGAAAAAAGCGACACGGUUAUCUGCACGCUAGAAACCGCCAAAGAGCCAGUCAACAUUUAUUUGCCCCUCCUAACAAUCGCUCUAAUUUCGCUUUUGCUAGCCAUUUUGUGGCACCUCGGUAGCAAACUAUUGAAACGGUUCAGUCGAGCAGAAUUGCAACAUGAACCAAGCAACUCGUCGUCUCCCCCGGAAUCACCGACCCCCAAAAAAGCACGCCUGAAUAGUUUGGAUACAUUCCGGGGCAUUGCAAUCGUCGUGAUGAUUUUUGCCAACAGUGGCGGGGGUCACUACUGGUGGUUCGAGCACGCUACAUGGAAUGGUCUACAUGUGGCUGAUCUUGUCUUCCCAUGGUUCCUUUUUAUAAUGGGUGUUUGCAUUCCGAUAGCAUUACGCUCUCAGCUGAGCAAAAAUACUCGCCGAGUUACCAUACUGAAAAAUAUUACUAUCAGAUCUCUCAAACUAUUUUUCAUCGGACUAUGUUUAAACUCCAUCAAUGGACCGAAUCUAUCUGAUUUACGGUUGUUUGGAGUAUUGCAGAGAUUCGGAGUAGCUUACUUUGUAGUAUCUGUCAUUCACUUAUAUUGCUACACUGAAGAUGUUCAGUUCCAAAAUACUCUCGCCCGAAGUAUUUCCGACAUUCUGCGACUUUGGAAACAUUGGCUCAUUGUGACAGUUAAUGUACUGAUAUAUCUAUUAGUGAUAUUUCUAGCCCCAACUCCAGACUGCCCAAGUGGCUACUUUGGUCCCGGUGGAAUACAUCUGAUGGCGUCUUACCCUAAUUGCACAGGCGGAGUCGCAGGCUUCAUCGACAGAGUAGUGUUGGGAGAAAGUCAUCUUUAUCAGCACCCAACCAUCAGGUACAUGUACGGCGCAUUUGUGUUCGAUCCGGAAGGACUCCUGGGAUGUCUGCCAACGAUACUACAAGUGUUUCUUGGUCUCCAAUGUGGCGUUCUCAUUCUCACCCAUGUGGAAGCGGUGGCAAGAAUUAGAAGGCUGGCUGUUUGGUCCGUCUUCCUUGGACUGAUGGGUGGAAUCUUAUGUGGAUUCAGUAAAAACGAUGGAUGGAUACCGGUUAACAAAAAUCUCUGGUCACUCUCGUUCGUGCUUGUAACGGCCUCGUUGGCUUUCUUUCUGUUACUCAUUUGCUUCAUACUAGUUGAUGUCAGGCGGGUUUGGAGUGGUAAACCAUUUCUGUACGCAGGAAUGAACGCUAUUAUUCUGUAUGUUGGUCACACUGUAUUCCACAAAAUGCUCCCAUGGCGCUGGCACAUCGGACCAAUGAACACUCAUUUUAUGUUGACUUUGGAAGCGCUCUGGAACACCGUGUUGUGGAAUGGUAUCGCCUAUUAUUUAUACCGGAAGAACAUAUUUUACAGUGUAUAAAUCACAAUAAAGAUUAAGUAAUCAGCGUUGCAUAUUUCGUAUCCUUUUA